UAGAAAGAAAAAAAAGAAGAAAAAAGAAAAAAAAUAAAAACCCCAACCCAAACCCCAAGGUUUGAGCAGGGCUGGAAAGUUGAGCGACAGGAAGGAAAUGGGGUGGUUUAUUUCGGUCUGCAGUUAGCUGGUCGGGGCAAAGCUUCCCUCUCCCUGCGCGGCGCUUAGCAGCCCCCUCCGUGAACAAUGGGGUCGUGGGGGCCCUUCCCGGCAGGAAAAGGACUCGUUCCGCUGGAAUCGCCUUGUUGGUGCUGAGUCAGCAGCUUGCUGGUGGGACGAGAGCGUGGUGAGGAGCUUGCUGGGGUAACCAACCCCCCCCCCCCCCUCCGGGGGCUGGGCAGGAGAGAUGGACACCUUCAGCACCAAGAGCUUGGCCUUGCAGGCCCAGAAGAAGCUCUUGAGCAAGAUGGCUACCAAGACCAUAGCCAACGUCUUCAUCGACGACACCAGCAGCGAGAUCUUGGACGAGCUCUACCGAGUCACCAAGGAGUUCACCCACAACCGCAAGGAGGCCCAGAAGAUCAUCAAGAACCUCAUCAAGAUCGUCAUGAAGCUGGGCGUGCUCUACCGCAACGAGCAGUUCAGCCCCGAGGAGCUGCUGGUGCUGGAGCGCUUCCGCAAGAAGGUGCACACCUUGGCCAUGAUGGCAGUCAGCUUCCACCAGAUAGACUUCACCUUCGACCGCAGGGUCAUGUCGGGGGUGCUGACGGAGUGCAGGGACCUCCUGCACCAGGCUGUCAACGGGCACCUGACGGCCAAGUCGCACUCGCGCAUCAACCACGUCUUCAACCACUUCGCCGACUACGAGUUCCUCUCGGCGCUCUACGGCCCCGCCGAGCCCUACCGCACCCACCUCAAGAGGAUCUGCGAAGGCGUCAACAAGAUGCUGGAGGAGGACAACAUCUGAAGCUGGCGGGUGGCUGGCGGCAGCUGCUGGGCUCCGCCUGCCGCCGGGCUGAAGGCAGGUCGCCUGUUUGGGCCGCCGGCAGGCAGGCUCCGUGGCCUCUCCUCUGCGGUGGUGACUCCUUCUCUGCUCCUUCCUACAAAAGACUCAGCUGCUUCUUGAUGAUCUCUGGACUUGAUGAGCUCAGAGGUGUUUUCUGGGCUGGAUCAAAGGGUCUUGAUAGCGGGACUUGAGCAUGAUGGUUGGACCCAACGAUGAUGGUUGGACCCAAUGAUGAUGGUUGGAUUUGGUAAUGGUGGUUGGACUCAGUGAUGAUGGUUGGACUCAAUGGGGAUGGUUGGACUUGAUAAUGAUGGUUGGACUCGAGCAUGAUGGUUGGACCCAACGAUGAUGGUUGGACUCGAGCAUGCUGGUUGGACCCAACAAUGAUGGUUGGACCCAACAAUGAUGGUUGGACCCAACGAUGAUGGUUGGACUUGAUAAUGAUGGUUGGACUCAAUGAGGAUGGUUGGACUUGAUAAUGAUGGUUGGACUCAAGCAUGAUGGUUGGACCCAACAAUGAUGGUUGGACUCGAUAAUGAUGGUUGGACUCAAGCAUGAUAGUUGGACCCAACGAUGAUGGUUGGACUUGAUAACGAUGGUUGGACUCGAUGGGGAUGGUUGGACUUGAUAAUGAUGGUUGGACUCAAGCAUGAUGGUUGGACCCAAUGAUGAUGGUUGGACUUGAUAAUGGUGGUUGGACUCAAUAAUGAUGGUUGGACUCAAUGAUGAUGGUUGGACUCGAUGGGGAUGGUUGGACUCAAUGACCUCAGAGGUCUUUUCCAACCCAACCAAUUCUCUGAUCCUCUGACUUUGUCUAACCCUUGCUCAGGGUCUGCAAACCCCUCCCCUGUGUUGAGCUGAGUCCUGUCCAGGUGAUCCUGGGCUCCUGCUGUACAGUUUGAUUCCCUUUGCUCACCAAGUGCUCUUAACUCAGAGUCCAAGGAAGAGGACUCCUCACCUUGAACUCCACCAUAACCCUCCUGGGGGAAACCCAAACCAAAGACUUGUGGUGUGGGGCACCUAUGAGGUGUCUCUGAGCAGGUGGGCAGAUGCUUGGGUGAAUGGCUGUGAGAAGCAGUUACUGGAGGGUUGUGGAGCUCUGUGCUUGCCACUCAGCAGCUCUGUGAUGUGGUGAGAGCAAAUCAUGGUCCAGGCUCCUGUUGCCCAGGGUAGGAAGGUGCUUCUGCACCUCGCUGGCUAGCCUGAACUUUGGUCUCCUAAAAGACUGAUCCUUGACACCAGGAGGCUGCCACCUCACCUGGGCAAGCAGCUGUCCCUCAGGGCUGGGAGGGAGCUGGAAGGAGCUGCUCCAUCCCUGCAUCCCAGGUACACCCUUUCAGCCAAGCCCACCCCACCAGCCACCCAAGAUGGUACCACUGUGCUGGCUCCAGCGCCUUCCUUGGUGGUUGUCCAAAGCUCUCCCUAGGACCUUGUAGGUUUUUUGUGUCCUCGACUGAGUUGUGGUUGUCAUUUUGUAGCAAACUGUGUAGCCCUGAUGAGUUAUUUAAAUAAAACUCACCUCUUUG